AUGGCCAUCAGAGAUAAUAAUCCUGCUGGCAUCGCUGCCGCUUCCUUGAGUAUCGCCGCUGGCGUUGUCGGGCUUACGACUUUCUUUGCUGCGAUAAUAACGGGUUCAACAAUCCUUGGACCAAUUGGGGCCAUAGCUGGGGCGCUUAUUGGAAUUGCCGCUACCCUCAUCGAACUUUUUGGCGGGCCAGGCUACGACGUGGAAGCAGUGGAGGCACAUAGGGAUCGGCUUCGACAGCUGAGGAGGCUGAGGGACGCCUGCGGUGCUCAAAUCGUCACGCGGAUGGACUUCUUAGAGAAAACAGGCACGCUUUUCACUGAUGUUUAUGCCAACAAUCAGGCAUCUUUGCUGUACAGCGUUCGUAGUGGGCAAUUAAAGAUGUACGAUUGUUAUCAUAGGCGUCGCGGGUUAUACAGGAACCCCGGCUGCGACGAAUUGCAAUAUGAUAGCUCUUUACACCUUCGUAAAUAUGUAGGGCCUGAUUUAUCGCCACAUAACUCAGUUGAUACAGCAGAGGAAGAGUUACGAAAUGUAUCAAAUGUUUGUAUGGGUAAAUAUCGUGGAAUAGUUAGUCCAUAUAUGCCUUUAGAGGAGAGUUCUACUGGCUGGGGCAAAACAAUUGAUUUCAUCGGGUUUGAUUUCUAUGGAAGAUUUAAAAGCGGCACAUCCUAUGGAGGUGCGUUUGUUUUUAUUAAUACGAGCUUUGUUUCAGGGGAAAUUUUAAACGGUAUUGAUAUCGAUACUUACAUACCAAACGAUGACGUAGAGCAAAAUGACGUUACCAGUAUUGACGAAUACCGAAAUUUUCGUAUAAAUCAGGAGAUUAAAAUUCAGACUGGAAGUGGAACAGAUUGUUUGAACAUUAACGGUAUGAUAGGAGAGUUUAAUAGCAGUUACGUUGAUAAGUUAAAGGUUGUUUUGGGAGGUGGACUAUUUAAUGUACUGUCUUUUCAAGGAAUUUCAAAAGACAGAAAAGAUAUAAAAGGAGUCUUUUUUGACUCUAAAGAAGGUAUUUUGAAAUAUUAUCACGGACAUAAUAGGAACACACACCAACUUGGCACAGUCGAGAAUGUUUGGCUAUUUAAAGGGUCGCCAUUUGAUGAUCACGUGAUACUUUAUACUACUCACCACAUUGACAAUCCCACAUUCAGAGUAAUCCAAACAUCCGGACGAAAUGUCUAUGAAUUUAAUUUUGAUGACUUGACUGACUCAAAUUUUUACUCCCGAAAAUUCCAGAUCGUUGAUGAAAGUGACCAUCCUCCAAAAAUAAUUAUGAGAACCGCACAUGCUAACAAACUUGAUCGCAAGUAUAUGAUUUUAGAAUACAAAAGACUAACUGUUUAUGAUAAAUCGACUGGCAGACCUGUGUUAGAAAUUGAAUUGGAUACAAAAAAUACAGGGAACGUGUUCAUUAACGAUGCAGACCCUAUACCACUUGAUCACGCACACAUAUCCCCAUGGCCUCACAGGCUAAACGCGAACAUAAAAUCCUUAAGUUUCCCUCCUUUUCCAAGCAAUCUUCACUUCGGAGAUGGUAAUGAGCUUUUACUUUUGAAGUGGCGAACUAGUCAUGACCAAAAUUCCGCUGACCUUGUGAUUGACAUGAAGGGUGGGGAAAACUUCUUAAUCAUCAGCGACAAAUAUUUUCUUGAUCCUUGUGGUGUUGAUGGUGAAACGGUAACCCUCACUUUGAAAGCGGGGUCAGUGACGGGGGCAUAUACAAUUUCCAUUGAAAACACUGAUGAUGCAAAUUUUUCUUUUAAUAUUGAACUACGAAAUAUGUACAAGAUAAUUAACGAGUAUGGUAACCAACUGGUUUACAUGCGGAGCCAUGAGGGUUAUUCUCCUCCUGUCCCGAUGGACCUCUAUGAUAAGUACAUGGAAGUAACCCGUGAGACGUUAGAAAUUAAGACUACUGAAAAUGUCCUGGAAGAAGAUUAA